GGUGCACUUUUUUCAAACAGUCAGAAAUUGAAUAUCGAAGUUUAGAACACGUGUAUGUAGAGAACAGGGCUUUUAAGUGGCCAAGGUGGUUGGCAGAUGACACGCCUCGUUUUACCUAUGUAGUCUGGAGUAGAUCACGUGAAGUGACAGGGACCUGGGGUACACAGGGGUCAAUUCCCAUACUCCCCAGUUUGCCAUAUUUGUUAAACGUUUAGUUCGAGCCUACAUACUGACAACAUGUGCUCUGAGGAAUAAGCAUGUUUGCCCUACACAGCAUGGCGUGGGGACGAUCAGCUUUCCAUUGCACACUGAAACCCACAAUGUUCAGACUUUGUCCUAAGCAACUGACAAAGUGCUGGAAUAGGCAGUUACGGCAAAGAUAUCUGUGCUUCGUUUCUGCAAAGAGUUGUCUCCCUUCUUUCACCCAUCCCUCUACUAACAGACGGUGGUGUUCAACUCUCAGCAUCUUUGGGCAUGAUCCAUUUGAUGAUUAUGAGAAGAGUCGGAAGCAGUUCAGCUUGACUGUUCCCGAAUAUUUUAACUUUGCCACAGACGUCAUCGACCGCUGGGCUUGUAUGGAAGAGGAAGGAAAGAGAUCUCGUAGUAACCCAGCAUUAUGGUGGAUAGAUGACAGGGGUCAGGAGGUAAAGUGGAGCUUCCAGCAACUCUCCCAGUACUCCAAAAAAGUUGCCAAUAUCCUGAGUAUCGACUGUAGAUUACAGCCAAAAGACAGGAUGAUUGUCAUCCUUCCCCGUGUGUUACCUUGGUGGUUACUGAACCUGGCAGCAAUAAGAGCAGGUGUGGUACUGAGCCCAGGAACAACUUUGUUGACCCCUAAGGACAUCUCACACAGACUUCUGUCCUCUCAGGCCUGCUGUGUAGUGACUGAUGUAAACUGUGCAGAGGCUGUGGAUCAGGUGGCAGAGCAGAGUUCGUAUCUGAAGACCAAACUUCUAAUUGGGCCAGAGACCAGACCUGGCUGGAUGAGCUUUAACCAACAGCUUGACAAGGCCAGCUCAGAUUUCCAGUCUCCCCCUACCAAGAGCUCUGAUCCAAUGAUGUUGUUCUUCACCAGUGGCACUACGGGGGAUCCAAAGAUGGCUGAGCACAGCCAUGCCAGCUAUGGCCUGGGCCACAUGGUCACAGCAGUCUACGCGUUUGGGCUGACUCCCACUGAUGUGAUGUGGAAUCUUUCCGAUACUGGCUGGGCCAAAGCUGCAUGGUCAAGUUUUUUUGCGCCUUGGAUUAAUGGAGCGUGUGUUUUCCAACAAAACACAGCCAGAUUUGACCCUCAUGCAACUCUGGAGGUGCUGUCCAGGUAUCCCAUCACUCUGUUCUGCGCUCCACCUACUGCCCUAAGGAUGAUGAUUACCCAGGAUUUGAAGAAGAUGAAGCCGAAAGCAUUGCGCAAAUGUGUGAGCGGAGGAGAACCAGUGAACCCUGAAAUCAUUGAGGAGUGGAGAAAAGGCAUGGGUACAGACAUCUAUGAGGCAUAUGGACAGACAGAAACAACGUGUCUUAUUGCCACCUUCCCGUGCAUAGAGCAAAAACCAGGCUCAAUGGGGAGAGUGUGUCCAGGGGUGGAUAUAGAGGUAAGUACUAUCCCAUGGCUGGUAUGCACCAAAGGUGUUCACACCUUGGACUGAAUUGGGUUUAGGGUAUUUUCAUAUCAUGCAUGUAGGGUAAUGUCAGUCAGUCCAUCAUUCCAUCUUUCUAUCCGUCUGUCCAGUUCCUUGGAAACACAAUAUGUCAUGCAUGUAGGGUAGUGUCAGUCGGUCCAUCAU